AUGGCUGUCCAGCGCGUCGCCGCAGCACUGCUGCUCCUCCUGCUCGCCGCCUCGGCGGCCUACGGGCAGGAGGUUCGCCUCGUGGCGGGGCCUGGCUGCCUCGCUGAUCAAGUCCCGUCACCGCCUGUCGGCCUCAAGGCCCAGCCUCUGGAUGGCGGCGUGCGGCUCUCCUGGGACCGUCCCGCUAACGGAGCAUGUGUGUCCGAGUACCAAAUCACUGUGGUUCGUCUGAACACCACCCAGCGUGCCGCCCCGCUGACCCAGAAAACGCCCGAUUUUCAGGUCACCAUCACCGGCCUGGCCUACUCUUCUCGGUUCAACGCCGGUGGCGAGGCUCAGGUGGUGGCCACACCAGCCGCCGCCUGCAACCCCGCCCUGCUGCCCUCCGCUCCAACCAACCUGACGGCCACCCCGGGCAACGGGCAGCUCAAGCUGUGCUGGGGCCCUCCCACAGUGAACGGCUGUGUCGACGAGUACCGGCUGGCUAUUCGCGCAGUGCAGCAGGACCCCCAGCGCUCCUUCAGCCCCAUCUACAGGCGCAUCAACACGGGGGCCUGCGCAACCAUCGACCGGCUGGUGAACGGCGUGGCAUACGAGGCGUCGGUCCAAGCCUGGAGCGCCACGAUGCGUGGCGGCGGCUACGCCAGCGUACGCGCCACCCCCAUCGCCCCGCCCAAGCCUUGGACCUGCCUGCCCGCCCCCGGCAGCUACCCUCUGUGCUCCACCGCCGCCGCGGGCCGCUGCACACCGCUCACCUGCCGCCAGCAGGUGGCUGCGGGCCAGUGCUUCGCCCCCUUCAUGCGCGUCGUCGACCCAGCCAGCAGAGUGGUAGUGCAGUAUUGUUCCGACGUGUGCGGCUGCUCCGCAGACCCCGCCGCCAAGGAGCCCGCCGUGCGCGCCUUUGACAACGGCGUCACCGCAGACACCGCCGCGCUGGCCGGCCAGGCCGACGCCGCCACGCGCGCGGUGGCCGCCUCUGCCUCCUCGGCCGCCAGGGCCGCCGCCACCUACCAGACCGACUCUGCCUGCUGCGCCUCGCCGCCACGCCCCGCCCGCCGCGACUUUGGCUUCGGACUGCCCGCCGACGUCGCCCUGGGCGCCCCCCAGGGCCAGCCUGAGGCAGAAGAGUACAGCCCAUAG